UUCAACAACAAUUCCAUAUUCAAUUCCAAUUCAUUAAAACUUUCCAAAUCAUACAUACAUCGAUUCAUCAUUGAUUGAUUCAUUUCAAAGCAUUCUUCCUUGAUUUAACACCAACCAAUCCUUCAGUUAGUUCAAACCACCGCCAUCAUUUCUUCUUCAAUUUUUCACUCAUCAAUAACCACCUUAUUAUUAUUAUUCUUAUACUUAUUAUAACUACAAUUACAAAUCUAUAUCUUAUUUUUAUAUGAAAAAUGAAGUUACAGGCGUUACAACAGAGCUACGCUAAUCGUGGACGGAAUAACAGUUUCAGAAACCAAUCGCCGUUAGAUUCAACGGCUGACGGACCUAACGCCGUUAAAUCUCCAGCUAGUAUUUUCUGGUUAAUUCUUCACUGUUUAUGCUGUUUAAUUAGUCUUAUUCUUGGAUUUAGGUUUUCGCGUUUGAUUUUUUAUCUUUUAUUUUCGACUUCUUCUAUCAACAAUUUGUAUACUUCCACUACGACGUCGUUUAGUACUAGUGCUAAUGAUAUAGCUGAAACGCUGUCGUUUACUACCUCUAUUCGUAACCUUUCGCCGCCUGUAGUGGCGGUUAAUAGUGAUAGUAAUCAUAGUGUUGUUGCUAGUAGAGUUGUGGUAGGGAGGCACGGAAUCCGGAUCCGGCCGUGGCCGCAUCCGGAUCCGACUCAAGUUAUGAAAGCUCAUAAGAUAAUUGAAGCUGUUCAGAGAGAACAGAAGGUUCAGUAUGGGAUUAAGAAUGCUAAGACUUUGAUUGCCGUUACGCCGACUUAUGUUCGGACGUUUCAAGCUUUGCAUCUAACUGGAUUGAUGCAUACUUUGAUGAAUUUGAAUUAUGAUGUUGUGUGGAUUGUUGUGGAAGCCGGUGGUGUGAGUAAUGAAACGGCUGCGUUGUUGGCCAAGUCGAAGCUGAAAGUUAGGCAUAUUGGAUUCGAGAAGAAGAUGCCAAUAUUUUGGGAGGCUCGACAUAAGAUGGAGUCUCAGAUGCGGAUGCGAGCGUUGAGAAUGGUGAGGGAAGAGAAGCUAGACGGGAUUGUAAUGUUUGCAGAUGAUAGUAAUAUGCAUAGUUUGGAGUUCUUUGACGAGAUCCAAAAAGUGGAAUGGAUCGGUGCUGUUUCGGUUGGGAUUCUUGCUCAUUCGAGUCAUCCUGAUGAAGAUCCAUUUGAGGUUCAGAAGACGAUGGAUGAAAAAGAUGACAAGAAAUCACUGCUGCCGAUUCAAGGUCCGGCUUGUAACUCAUCUGAUAGAUUGAUUGGUUGGCAUACGUUUAACUCACUUUUAUACAAAGGGAAGAAUGCAAAUUAUAUUGGUGAUAUGGCGAUUGUGUUGCCAAGGAAGUUAGAGUGGUCAGGAUUUGUUAUAAACUCAAGGUUGGUAUGGAGUGAAGCUGAAUUUAGGCCUGAGUGGAUUAAGGAUUUGGAUAUCGUUGUGGGGGUUGAUGGGGACGAUGAUAUUGAGAGUCCUCUUUCUUUGCUUAAUGACUCUUCUACGGUGGAGCCACUAGGUAGUUGCGGGAAAAAAGUGAUGCUUUGGUGGCUUCGCGCCGAGGCUCGUGCGGAUAGCAAGUUCCCUGCCGGAUGGACCAUUGAUCCUCCAUUAGAGAUGACAGUCCCAGCAAAGCGAACUCCAUGGCCUGAUGCUCCCCUUGAACUCCCAUCUAAUCCCGAAAAAGUGAUCACCAGCACCACUCAAGAGAAUGCUGAAAAGCGUGCAACAAAAACUCGGACACCGAAAUCAAGACGCAGUUCACGUGGCAAAAGAAAACAUGAACCAAGAAACACAGAUGCACGCAUCUCAGCGAGGAAUUCUGGAGAAAGAGUCAAUAACUAGACAUCUCUGGUCAUAGUGAAAUUGCUGAGAAGAAUUCGAAGUCCAUACAUUCAUCAAUGGAGGUGAAUACAUCUUUUAUACAAAGUAAAUAGGGGGGCGUAUCUUACGGUUAUUUGAAUUUUUCUUAGCUUAAAUUCUAUUUCUGAGUUCAGUUUCAUUUCAUGUAUGUUUGUGGUUGAUUUAAAGUUAGAGGUUUGGCUAUUUUCAAUGGUGAGUGACAAAGGGAAAAGCCUGUACAAGUUUUUGCCUGUUAUAAAUAGGUCUCGGAAAUACUAAAAUGGAAUUUAAAAAAGAAGAGUUGUGCCAAUUUUAUUUA